GUCAUAUUUGAGCAGACAACACCAGAACUUCACAGGCAGCAGUUCCUUCACUGAUGCAGCGCUUGCUGUAUUGAGGUUACGCCGCUUCAAUUGUUGUAUCCCAAAACCCCGCCCUUCAUUACAUGGAUAUUUUGUUGAAAGAAUACGUUUAUAUUUGCUAGAGACUUCUUAGAAAGUAAUCAUUUCCUGCUAUGAGAGCACCUUUGUCUGACUUGAACUCUUCCUCGUAAUUCUGCUUUACAAAUCUCUGCAUGUGAUGAAGUGAAAGUAAUAACCUUGUCUGUGUGUGUAAUUUAAGGAUUAUUAUGGGCACAUUUACCUCUUUUAUAUGGUAUCUUUCUGCUAAAACUUAUGGGCCUUUGAUGUCUUAUAACAGCCUUCUAACAUGUUACUACUACAACUACAAAGUUAAUCUGACAACUAAUUGAUUUUCCAAAGAAGAAUAUCUUUCUAUUGCUAAUGUAUUUCUUUCCUUUAUAGGCAUGCAGGGGAAGUUCAACUAAUAAUGCACUAUGCUAAUGCCAAUAAGCCAGCGAUUAGCUAUGGUCCAUCAGCUCCACCUGUUUUAGCUGCACCCGUACCUCAAAUCCCUCAUUUUUCUGCACCUCCUCCAUAUGGAUCUUCUUGUGGCCACUCAAGAGCAGAUUACCACGCACCAGCUCCUCAUUCUUCAUACCCUCCUCCCAAUUCGGCGUUGUACCCACCACCUGCAUACUAUCCUCCACAGCAAGCUGCUAAUCCAUCUCCCUAUGCGCCACCUUCAACAUAUCCUCCACCAACCUAUCCUCCGCCAGCACAGAACCCACACUAUUAUCCUCCAGGUUUGUAUCCUCCUCCUCCUCCGUCAUAUCCUCCACCACCAUACUAAGAUGGGCUUGCUGGAUGCUUUGAACAAUGAAAGGUAUUAAUCAGAGCCUUAGAUGGCGUUAGAGUGGGAUAAGGAGUAACUAAUUGAACAUUCAAUAGUUCUACAGAAUUCUUAGUCCACUUUGCUGUAAAACUUUCGCCGUGUUUUCAUUAAAUGGAAAAUGCACUUACCGAUGUUCGCAGGGCAAUAUUUUACGUUAUGUGGCUCAGUUCUUAUUAUGAUACAACAACUUGAGGAUCUUCUCACCAAACCUAAAGAGAAGCAGGCACAUUUCAUUUCGUGUAAUUGUUACUUGGAAAAUGUAUUAUAUAGUUAUUUGGGUGUGAUCAA